AUGGCUUUGCUUGAUCGACUCAAGAGCCUUGGUAAGAGACCUGCCUCUGAAAAUCCGGAAUCCAAGAUCUUGCGUGACUACAGAACCUUGAGAUCAAAGUUGANNAAGACCACCAGGCAUGUCCCGAGAUAUCUUUUUAGAAUGUGGCAUGCCAACUCCGGUGGUGAUGCAAGUCUGAAUACGACCGAAAGAAUUACACCACGUGCCUUUCUCAGAGGUCAAGGCCAUGAGAGCAUGUACGACAUGUCGAUCGAAGAGUUUGUCGAUAACACGACUCAGCACCUGCGUACUAAGCACGAUGUCGUUACGGAGUUCUCUUCGUGGUCUGCUUCACCCAUAUUCGUCUUCAAUUAUGCCACCACCCGGAGAACAACCGCAUACAUCGCUGUCAUUGAUACUCAGGGGCUUCAGACGGACAACGGAAAUGUCAUGUUUCAUGUCCCAGCUCUCCAAUCGAUCUUCACAGGUCCUGCAGCCCACCGUGGCAUUCGAUACCAUGAGUACAAAUGGGAGUACCUUGUACAUGGCGUUGUUAAAGGAAGGCACUACAAGGCAGCCUCAUUCAAGUCUCUUUGUGAUGCAGGCUUAGCUGAGUAUCUACCAGCACUGAAGGGAUAUGUCAAUGCUUGGUUUGUUGACGUGUACCCGCUGCCCAAUCCGAUCGUGCGAUUCACCAAGCAAGAGCUGCAAGACCUGGAUAUGAUUGGCAAACGCUUUGAAUCGCAUCCCAGUAUGCAUUCUGCUAUCACCAUUGCCUUGUUUUGCUGCAAGAAGCGUGCUGGAUUCGGCGCUGAGCUCAAGGAGGACGAAUUGAAGGAGAUCGUUGAAUACCUCGGUGGCAGAAACAACGUUCCCCAUGACUGGUGCAAGUCACUAUUACUCCGCAAUGGCAUCUACGAUCCUCGCUAUGAGGAAAACAAACAAAUGACCAAUGUGAUGCGUGCAGUGUCCGCCUACUGUUGGGGAAAGGGGGCUCGAGCUCAGUUCGCAAAGAAGGUUGAUUGA